CUGUCAAUGUGGCGUCCGAUUCCCAUUGUUUUGUGAUUAUGUUUUUGAAUUAAAUUCACCUUUUGACGAGCAUUUAUUGAUUAGAUUUGCUUAAAAAUGCCAAAACCAACAUGUGUUCAAUGUGGUACAAACGACUCUUUACUUUGGCGGAGCGCAGAAAACGGUCAAAUAUGCAAUGAAUGUCACAUAGCUAAUAAUGUAACUAAGGAGGUAAAAGUGGAGCUUACGGCUAUAAAAAUCGAGAGAGAAGAAGAUAAACAGGACCAGGAUGAUAAAAAUGGGAAAGAUGGGGCGUCUACGCCUGCUAAAGCUACAGGGAAGGGGACUAGAAAAAGUACAAGAGCGACCAGAUACAAGCCAAAAACGCCCGCCCCAACCCCCGUAAAACCGCCCGCACCACGGGGCAGAGGCCGUAGAAGUAUUUUUAAAAGGCAACCGCUCAAGGCUCCGACAGCCACAGCUACUGUAGUGACCAGUGAUUCUAUAUUUUUCAAGGGUAAUUACAUGCAAGUCGGUGACAUAGUGUCAAUGAUCGACAUAGAUGGUGGUACGUACUACGCACAGAUCCGAGGCUUCAUGACAGAUGAGUAUUGUGAGAAGAGCGCCGUCGUUACCUGGCUCCUGCCGACUAAAGCCAGUCCACCUCCUGAGAAAGGGUUUGACCCUGCCACUUAUAUUAUUGGUCCAGAAGAAGAACUGGCGCGGAAACUAGACGUAAUGGAUUUCGUAAUGCAUGCACCAUCAGACUACUACAAAGCUAGCAACAGUCCAUAUCCACUCGUUGACAAUGAAGUUAACAACUAUAAUGGCUAUAUCUGGACAAGCCUCGAGCCUAAAGAGAGGACGUAAUGUUUGUUUCUAUUGUAUUUGUAGUAGGUAUUAAAAAUUAAAUGUAAGAUUUUUUUAUUGA